AUGGUUCUGGAGGAAGUCCCGGCCCCAGAGCAUGUCUCUGAUGGGAGGAGGGAAGUAAAGCCAGUGCAGUGUUUCCCAAAUCGGAUUCAUCAGGAGAUUCACCACGUAGUCAAUUAUAGAUAUGGGAAGCGAGAAUCAAGCUACCAGAGUGUGAAGAAUCCAUUUAAAACCAAUAUAUCUGUCCGUGCCUAUGAGGAAGUAGAAAGGUCAAUUAGUAAUUUCGUGUUAACAUCAGCCCGCCAGUUCCGAUAA